AUGACGGGGUCUGCGAAACCGGUGAACGAUGUGUCGGAAAUCUUGAAGAAGCUCGAAGCGCCUUCGACCAUGGCCACGGCGAAGUCGCAGGAGAGGAAUCGGAUUCGGCUGGUCAAGGAGCUGGAGAGCCAGACGUCGAUCGUCAUUUCGGGCAUCGGCGAUGCGGGAAUGAUAGCGCUGACGAAAGCGUUCCAGCUGCGGGCAUUCCCGCGGCUCGAGAAGCUGAGCAUUCUCUACAACCGACUGACGCAGAAAUCAAUGUGGGACUUGGCCAGGGCGAUCGGGACAGGCAACCUGUCGAACUUGCAAAUGCUGAACAUCAAGAUGAACCACGGGUUUGGAGACGCGGGCGCCAAGGCGCUCGCGAAGGCCAUGGAGUCCCGAAAGCUCAAAAAGCUGCAACACCUGUACCUCAUGAACGACAACAUCGGCGAGCACGGGCUGCUGGCGAUCGCGGACGCACUGGAAACGGGGCACGUCUCGUCGCUCAAGGUCCUGCACAUCGGCAACAACAACGACGACUCUCUCGUCUUCCACAACCAGGGCGCCAGAGCGCUGGCGGCCGCAGUCCGAUCCAACCACUUGCCCAACCUCGAGGACCUGACGCUGCGAGGCGUGGCGGGCGAGGAGGGAGUGAUCCAGCUGCUCAAGGCCAUGGAGACGAGCAAGCUCGGCGCAUUCAAGCAGCUGGACCUGCGCGUCUGCGAGAUCGGGCUCCGCGGCGCCCGAGCGCUGGCCAACAUGCUGCGCUCGCCGCAAUUCGCCACGCUCAAGAUGCUCGACCUGCAGAGCAAUGUCUCGAUCGGCGACGAGGGAGUCAUCGAGCUGGCUGCCGCCUUUCGAUCCGGCAACCUCAAUAGCCUCGAGAUCCUCUACCUGGACAACAUCUCCAUGGGCGAGAAGGGCCUCCUGGAGCUGGCCUCGCUCCUCGAGGCCGGCCACCUGCCCAGCCUCCAGGAGCUCUACGCCGGCGCAUCCGAGUACACCGAGACCAGCGCCAAAGCGCUCGUCCGCGCGUACCAGGAGAACACCUCGCUCGUGGCGCACAUCAUGGUCGACUGGCCCAGCACCUCGUGGGGCAAUCAAGUCGAGAGCUUCCGCGAGCGCAACGUGACGCUGGUCGAGAGCUUGCGCUUGCGCCAACGCGCUGGCGCCAACACCAACGCCAGCGCCAACGACGUCAAGCAACGCGAAGCCCAACGAGAAGAACGAGAAGCAGCAGCAGAAGGAGAAGAAGCACUGCAGUAG